CUCAUAUCGCAGUUCUCUUGUCGUCACAGUGCUCUUCUCAACGUCCUUCGUGCCAUUGUUCCCUGCCCCUAUUCCCCUCUCUCUCUCGGUAGGCAAGAUGCCGCAGCUAGAAAGCAUCCCAAAAUCGUACAGGCCGGUCGACUCGAAGUUGAAGACGCCAGCAGCGAUUCAGCUUCAGUCGGAAGACCUAGAAACGCCGUUUAGUUUUACCUUCGAGGCCGUCCGACCCAACGUCUUCAGGACGACGUUUACUUCAGACUCACAUCCACUCCCUCCAUACCCGUCAAUACCCCGGCUGGAGAGGAAGCUCGACAGUGUCACCAUCAACUCCAACCAGGUCAGUGAGUCAAGUUGCUCCUUUGAGCUCGGCGACGUCAGGGCAUCGGUCGACUGGAACCACGCGCCGGUUGUAUCCUUGGGCUGGCUGGGGUCGAAGGACAUUCUGCAUUCUGACCUUGCAUUCCGUUCCUAUGUCGUCGAUGGCCCGGGCGUCGCUCACUACGCCCAGCAUGACCGCAGAGCCCUCCACGUGGGACUGGGAGAGAAAUCGGCGCCGAUGGAUCUCACGGCCCGGUACUUCCAAGUGUCUGCCACGGAUUGCUUCGGGUACGAGGCAUAUGCGACGGAUCCCAUGUACAAGCAUAUGCCACUGCUCAUCAAGGCGACUCCCAACGGCUGCGUGGCCAUGGUCUCCACAAGCCACAGCCGAGGAUCGUGGUCGGUCGGCUCAGAGAUCGACGGCCUCUGGGGCCACUUCAAGGUCUACCGGCAAGACUACGGCGGGCUCGAGGAGUACCUGAUCAUGGGACGGACCUUGAAGGACGUGGUUCGAAGCUAUGCAGAACUCGCCGGCUUUCCGCUCCCCGCGCCUCGCUGGGCAUACGGGUACCUGAGUGGGGGGUAUCGGUACACGAUGAUGGACGAUCCUCCGGCCUACCAGACGCUGCUCGACUUCGCUGAAAAGCUGAAGGAGCAUGACAUUCCCUGCUCCGCGCACCAGAUGAGUUCGGGCUACUCCAUCGCCGAAACGGAACCCCGGGUGAGGAACGUGUUCACCUGGAACAAGCACCGGUUUCCCGAGCCCGAAAAAUGGAUCGCCCAGUACCACGCUCUGGGGAUCAGGCUGCUGACCAACAUCAAGCCGUUUGUCCUUGCAUCGCAUCCGGACUACCAGUAUCUGGCCAAGAAUCGAGGCCUGUUCACGGACCAUAAAACCGGAAAGUCUGCGGAAAUGCGUCUGUGGAGUGCUGGUGGCGGCGAAAGUGGUACGGGAAGCCACCUUGAUUUUUCCUCGGCAGCGGCGUAUGAAUGGUGGGCUCGCGGAGUUGAGAGACUGAAAGAACAAGGCAUCGAUGCAAUGUGGAACGACAACAACGAGUACACUUUGCCGAAUGACGAAUGGAAGAUGGCCCUAGAAACCGUCCCUCCAGGCGACAACCGGGGAUCAGACAGAGUCGGACUCUGGGGCCGUGCUAUGCAUACCGAGCUGAUGGCCAAAGCUUCCUACGAGGGUCUGCUACGAGCAGAACCCGGCGUUCGACCCUUUGUCCUGACGCGAAGCGCGAGCAUCGGGACUCUGCGGUAUGCGUGCAGCUCGUGGAGCGGGGACAAUAUGACCAGCUGGGAAAGCAUGAAGGCGGCGAACGCGAUAUCUCUGACCGCAGGGGUCAGCCUGAUGCACUGCUAUGGCCACGACAUUGGCGGAUUCGAAGGGCCCCAGCCUUCUCCCGAGUUGUUGCUUCGCUGGGUCCAGCUUGGCUGCCACCAGAUCCGCUUCGCCAUCAACUGCUUCAAGACAUCUCCCCAGGACAACCAAGCCGGAGAGGUCAUUGAGCCCUGGAUGUAUCCCGAGAUCACGCCCAUGAUCAGAAAGGCAAUCAAGCGACGCUACGAGAUCAUGCCCUACAUCUACUCCCUCGGCCUGGAGAGCCACCGGACGGCAAGUCCACCCCAGAGAUGGAUUGGCUGGGGCUACGAGUCUGAUCCAGAAGUGUGGACGAAGCCGCUCAAGUCCGGCGAGGAGCAGUACUGGUUUGGAGACACGUUGUUAGUGGGCGGUGUGUAUCGGCCGGGUGUCGAUAUGGCCCGAAUGUACCUCCCACGCCGCGCGGGGGGAUUCGAUUAUGGCUACGUCAAUCUCAAUGCGCCCCAUGAGUACCACGCGUCCGGCCAGUGGGUGUCCGUCUCGUCGCCCUGGAGAGAAAGCAUCCCGAUCUUCGCCAAAAUCGGUGGAGCGAUCCCCGUGGGCAAAGGCGUGCAAACUCGAAUGCCCGGCGACACCAAGGCAGAAUGCAAAGCUCUUCCCGAGGACGACUACCGCGGCCUCGAAAUUUUCCCGCCCAAGGGCAGUUCGCAUGGGAGAAGCUUCACCUCCACCUGGUACGAGGACGACGGUCUCGCUCUCCGUCCAGAGAUCUCAUCCUUCCAGGUGACGUACAGCUCCACCGAGGAAAAAGUGACAGUCGGGCUUGCGGCUGGCGCCGACAACGUCUUCGUCCCACCGUGGAAGGAGGUGGUGUUCAUCUUGCCACGAGGAGACGAGAGGUAUAUUGAGUCGGCCAGCGGAGCCACUAUGGAGCGGGUUGACGCACAGGAUUGUGGGAGGGUCCGCUACAAGAUGCAAUUUUCCUGCACAGGAGGUGAAAAUGGACAUGCUGUGUGCAAUGGAUAUCAUUAGAAGACCGUGGCAUGAUAGCAUGACCUUUAGAGCCCAUUGAGACAAGGGGUUAUAUGACAUAGGGGUAGUGGUUGGCACAGCCUCGUCGUCG